AUGGGUGUGUUCACUUUCACCAACGAAUACAAUUCCACAAUUCCUCCGGCAAGAUUGUUCAAAGCCCUAGUUCUGGACUCAAAUAACCUAAUUCCCAAACUCAUGCCUCAAGCUAUCAAGAGUAUUGACAUCAUCCAAGGCGAUGGAGGGGCAGGAACCAUUAAGCAGAUCAACUUCAUUGAAGGUGGCCAGGUUAGCAGCAUGAAGAAUCGCGUGGAUGAGCUGAAUGAGAAGACAUUCACGUACACGUAUACAGUGAUCAAUUUGAAGGAAAAGUUUGAAACUACUGUUUACGAAGUCCAAUUUGAGCCUACACCGGAAGGAGGGAGCAAGAACAAGAUGACAAGCACGUAUUACGCAAAGGGCGAUGUUGAGCUUAAAGAAGAGGACGUUAAGGCAGGCAAAGAGAGAGCCUUGGGAAUGUACAAGGUCGCCGAAGCAUAUCUCCUCUAUUAUAUUUCAUCGGUCCGCCCAUGA